AUGGACUUGGAUUAUGAAGGUGAGUACCAUACCUCGGAUGAUUGUUUUUGUUUAAGAUUACGAAGGGAUAAACGAUUUUGAUUCGACAUAUUAUUCCAUCAGACCGGUCUCAUCAUACAACGGCUCGUAUCAGUUCUACAACCCUUACAAUAGUUACUAUUCGUUAUAUCGUCCUUAUCGAACAGUUCCUCCUUUUUAUGACACUACAACGCAUCGAGAACAUUUUACUUGGAAACAUGCACCUAGCAACAGGUGAGUUGUAUACCGUUGGCCUCCCUAGGUACUGUUUAGAAGGUACCAAGUGGAAGAUGACCGGGCUACUCUCCCUCCAUUCGAAGACGAAACAACUCAUCGCGCUCACUUUCCUGGACAUUACAUUCUAGGAAGAGAGUAUGAGGAAGAUGAUUUCACCUAUGAUUAUGAAGAAGAACGGAUCCCUCUUAAUGAGACAUCCACCCAUCGAAGAGAUUUCACUCCCAAACCCAUAGAAAUAAAAGAAAUACGAAGCAAAAGUGUUGAUUCUGUGAGAAGACCAGGACCUCGGAUGGAAUAUGAAACUACACACAAAGCUGAUUAUUCCAACAAAGCAUCGGUACGAAUAUUUACCGUAAUCUUACAGGGAAUUUAGACUUGUCCAGUUAAUCAUCUUAAUAUAAAACAAGGUCGGCGAGACAACGGCCAUGUUUAUUUCCGCCAACGGACAUCAAAAAAUACGAAACGAGUAAAGUCAAGGUAA